AUGUCUGAACAUUUGAUAUCUCUGUCUAAGCUCUUCUCUGAAUUAAGGCAAAUGUCUUUUGCAAGAAAUUCGAACGUCACAAUUUCUUUAAAAGGUCACGAUGCUAAACAAGAAGCAUUUCAGAAAGUUAUACACGACAUGAAAUCACAAUUUCAAAACAUCAAGGAUGGUAACCAGGAAGAUUUAACACUUAAACAAGAUGCUUUUCAAUUAAACAAGUACUUCAACUUUACCUUCAAGCUAUCAACCGCAAACUGUGUUGAAUUUUAUGGGAUCGCAAUUAAUUUAUUUGGAAUUAGUGAGACAUUUUCACUUCUUCUGCUAAUUAAUCAGCAAGCAAACAGCUCAACUCACAGUUGCCCGCUAUAA